AUGUCAUUAUCAUCAACGGAUACCACUUUAGAUUUAGAAAAACAAAUUCAUGAAUUCAAAACCAAAUCAGAAGAUAUUGAAAAAAGAAUAAAUCUAAUCCAACAACAGCUACAUGAUAUCAUUUAUCAAGAUAAACAAAAUUUGACAAAACAAUUGAUUACAAUGACAAAUGGAUUAGAACAUUAUCAGAAUGAUUGUCUUGAAAAUGAUAUUGAACAAUUAAGAAAAGAUAUUGAGGGAUUAAAAUCAAACCUAGACGAAAUAAAUCAUGAAAAUCAAACAAUGAAAUCAUCGUCAACAAAUUUUGUAUCAACAAACGAAGAAAAUCGUUUACAAUUUGUUGUUGGUAUUUCAAGAAAUAGUGCAAUACAACACGCAGAUGACACAACAGCACUAUCUCAUCGAUAUCUCAAACAAAUGAGUCCAUCGAUCUUAAAUAUAAAUGAAAGUGAACGUGUUCUAACCGAAGAAGAAGAAAUGAUAGGGGUUAUCAAUUUUAAUACAACAUCAAGAGUUAGUCAUAAGAUACAUCUUUCCCAUAACUAUAUUCGAUGGAUACGAGGUCCCGCUAAAAUAAUGAUUCAUGGUAUCACACACGUGGCCGACGUGUAUACACAAGGAAUGCAUAUCAGUGAUGCUGUUGCACAAGCUGUCAAGCAAGGAUUAGACAAACAAAAGCAGAAUGCGAUGACCAAGAAUUCGUUAAAGUCAGCAUUUGCCAAAAUUACACCAGAUUGGAUGUUUGAAGGCGAAAAUGCUGAUCGAGGUUUCAUUAGCGCAUCCAUAUGGAUGCGUGAUCCUCAAGGUCAAAGAAUUUUAGUCAAAACACACGGACAUCCAUUAUCUGCUGUCAAUGAAUGGCUAGCCUAUAUUCUAGGAAGAUCACUUGGUUUGCCUGUUAAUGAGGUGCAGAUUGCGAUUUAUCUAAAUAAACUGGUUAGUUUACAUACCGAUAUUGCGAAUGAAAAUGAAAAGAUUAUUACAUUCAUGGAAUUACCAAAGCAAACAAGAAAAUCUCUAUUGACUUAUCCAAUAAUAGAAUCUAUGGAUCUAUUCGAUCAUAUUAUACAAAAUGUAGAUCGUACUCCACGAAAUAUUUUAAUUACGAUGCCAAAUACAACUGCUAUUACUGAUGAUACUUCAACAUGGAAGAUACAUCUAAUCGAUCAUGCUUUCUGCUUUGGAGUAGGUAAACGAGAUGUCAUUAGUGCCAUAGCCUGCAAGCUUCAUAGUAAACAUCUUUCGGUAGUUAAAUUUGAUCCGAUAGAUGAAGGAAGAAAAUUUGAACGAUACCUCAGCAAACUACCGAUAGCAGAUCGCAAUUUAAUAAGAAACACGUUGAACCGAUUUGCAGCAAUUACUGAUGAUCAAUUUGAUAGUUGGAUGAACGAAGUACAUGAUCUUCUAUCAUCUAGUCAAUACAAUCGUAUACAUGACGUCUUAUGUCGACAACGAGACAUUGCAAGAUACUACACGGUACAAUGA